CUAGUUAGGUUUGCGCAGGCGUCCACGGAAGUGGGCCUUAGAAAGCGGAAGUCCCACCUGUUUUCGCUCUCUCUUUCCUCAGAGACAGAAGCAACGCGGAGAAGGAAGUGACUUGAGAGGACAGCCACCACCAUGAGCCUCCUUAACAAGCCCAAGAGUGAGAUGACCCCAGAGGAGCUACAGAAGCGGGAGGAAGAAGAAUUUAACACUGGUCCACUCUCUGUGCUCACACAAUCAGUCAAGAACAACACUCAAGUGCUUAUUAAUUGCCGCAAUAACAAGAAACUCCUGGGCCGGGUGAAAGCCUUUGAUAGACACUGCAACAUGGUGCUGGAGAAUGUGAAGGAGAUGUGGACUGAGGUCCCCAAAAGUGGCAAGGGUAAGAAGAAGUCUAAGCCAGUCAACAAAGAUCGCUACAUCUCCAAGAUGUUCCUGCGUGGGGACUCGGUCAUUGUGGUCCUGCGGAACCCACUUAUUGCUGGCAAAUAGGGCCCUCUUCCCUGCUGACAGCUUGCUCCCCCAUCCUAUGAAGGCCUGUUCUUUGUGAUGGGAAUAAUAAAGCCCUGUGGGUUUUUUU